GUUAAUGGUACAGUAGUUGUGUUAGGUCUUUAUCCCCAACCCUACCUGAUGGUGUUGCAGGGUGGCGGAGGUCCGUAAGCAGCGCGUAUACCUCCUCCGUCGGCGCCUUCUGCAGGGGUCCACUCACCCGUCCACUGUCUUGACCCCAAACUUGUGAAGAGGCUUCUUCCUUUCUCACGCCUCUCAGGGAUCAUCUCUCAGGGUCAGGGAGUCCCUAUCACAUGUUAGGGACCGCGAAUAUAUCGACACUUCGUCGGCGCCUUCUUCGACAGUCCAUAACCUGUCCGUUGAUGUCUUGUCACUAACACGUGAAGGUGGAGUCUUUUCACACGCUUCAGGAUCCUCUUCUCUUGAUCAAGGGUGUCCCCCAUCGCUGAUAGGGACCAGAAGUGUAUCAUACCUUCGUCGGCGCCCUCUUCAGCAUCCCCACUACCUCACACCAAACUCUUGAAGGGGCUGACCAAUCAAGGGACUUCAUCUUUUCCUCAAGGGGUCCCUGUCACAACUGUUAGGGACCUCGUGUAGGUCCUCUCGUCGUCUGCCUCGUUCACCUUACUCCCAAGAUAACAACGGUGGUGAGGAGUAACGUGUGGUGGUGGAUGGGCGGGUCCCCCUGACCUGUUCCUCUACUGUUUAUAGCCUCUUCUUAGUCUCACAUAAACCUGUUUAGUGCGUCACUACAGCAAAAAUAUCAUUUGUGACCUCCAGCCGGCGGCCUGGUGCUGGUGACGGCUACUACUAGUGCGUAAGGACCAACGAGAUAAAGUCAACUGAGGACUGAAGUUUAAAGCAAAUAGAGCCGAGGGAAGUAAAGGGGCAGGACAAAAGCUGAGUGCGGGGGUGUAGGAGGCUAUAGUAUGAUUAUUGUGAGGACAAGUGUGGAGUGGGGGAGUAAGUAGGCCCGUGGGGAGGCACGGUGGGGGGUGUAGAGGAGUAGCUUAUACCCAGAGGGACACAGUGUGAAGCAUGGAAGGGGUGGAGGGCACUAAGGCAGGAGGAGGAAGACCACACGAUGAUAAAAAUGGUGAGGACGACCCUGUAGGGGACGCCGAUCUACGGGACAGUCCAGCCUCACAACAUAGCUUUUCCUCUCUACCUAGUCUGCAGGACAGCAGCGGGUCACAGGAGGGCGAGGCAGCACACCCUACCAUCUCCACCAGCACCAGCUGGGAGCACAAGACCAAGCCCAGGGUGGAGGGACGAAGGGGCCGCAACUGGUGGGACUGGAAGGCGGCGGAGCAGCGGAAGAUGCAGAGUGGUGACGAAGGAGACGACGAACUGACGAGCUUGGAGAGCGAGAGCUUAAAGAGGCGUACCCCCCUCCCCAAGAUUCGAGAGAAUCUGCCUGAACCUGACGGUGGGCGUGACGGUGGGUACGGCAUAGGGGGGACAGGAGGUGGUGGGGUGUUGGGUGGUGUGGGGGCAGGGAUGGGGGGCGCGAGGGGGCCGAGCGGCGGUGGUGGCGGCAGUCCUGGGCUGCGCGUCACGUGGGACGAGCGCGCCGCCGAGCCACCACUCCUGCACCAGCCUCGCCACCAGCCGCUACUCCUCCAGCAGCACCACUUCCUGCCCCAGCAGCAGCAGCAGCAGCAGCAGCAGCUCCCACAUACGCGUCGCGCUGCUCCAGGGCCGCCUGGCAAUCAGUCAGGUUUAGGGAGCGGCGCGCCCCGCUACACUACCUCUCACGCGCCGCCCACACCCGCGCAACCUAACGACCAGCCCAAGAAGGUGACCAUCACAUCCUUCAAUCAACCUAAACUCACAUCCGUCGUUCCCCCCCUCUCCGGACCCCCCACGCCUUCUCCCGAGAAGAAGGAACCUCCCCCGCCGGAGAAGAAACCAUCUUCUUCCUCCCACACUAAACCUCUCACUACACAGAAGACUCCUACACCUGCUUACGACUCAAAGUCGCCUGCUACGCCAGGGAAGGCUCUGCCAACCUAUCCCGAGAAAGGCGCGCCACUGUCGCCAGAGAGCCCGCCACCUUCAGCGCCGCCUAAGGACUUGGUGUAUGCAGAUGCUCGUGAGAGGAAGGGACUGAGUGGUCAACCACACAAAUACUCCAGCCGUAAACAAGAGGAACCUCCCAAGAAGGCUCCGCCACAGGACCUAGCCAAGAAGACCGUACAGGAAGUCCCCGCGACUACUAAGUGUCAGCCUAGUGUUCAUUCUAGUCCGACCCGAGCGAAGGAAUCAAAGGACAAAGUGCGUGAUCGAGGCCAAGGAGGGGCGAGAGAGAAGUCAGGAGAGCUCGUGAAAGAUAAACCUAAAGGUGGUGGUGGUGGUGUAAGUGAGAAGGAAAGGCAGCAGCCCUCUAGUGCAUCUGACUCUCAGACUGUCGCGGUAUGGAAACCUCAACCAGGAGGCGGGGCCAAAUAUGGUCCACCCCCUCCCGGAGAUAAGAAGCGUGUGGAGGACCAGAGAAGUGGGUCGUUGGUGUGGGUGAACCUGCCCGGCGGAGGGUCAAAGCUCGAGUGGAUGCCCACCCCCGCCCUCGUCACCAUCAAGUCCACGCCGGCGCUGCCCAGCCGCGACGUUGACCGCUCGUACCAACUAGUUCACAAACACAAUGAUAGUGCGGCGGGGGCGGCGCCUGGGACGGACGCCAGGGGGAGGGGUGAAAGGGGAGGGGGAGGAGCCCAACCCGCCUCGGGGGAGCGCGUGACGCGUGCGAUCAGUGCUGUGCCACGUGCUAGUGUCGUCGGAGUUAACCCUGGAGUGCACGGGUCUCCUCGGUCAGCGGGUGGCGGCACACCCGUACAGGGAGUGCUCAAGCAACCCUCAGCGUCACCCUCUAAUCGCAGUGCCCAGUCAAAAAACGGGGUUACUUCUGCCCCGGGCGCGACACAUAGGCCCGAGGGCAGAGGUACCAACGACGACGAGAGUACAGUGUUAACAGUGGCGGGGAGGAGCAGCGGACAGGUAGUGAGGAUUAGAGUGCGCCCUGAAGUGCACGCCUACCUGACAGGGCUCCCAACCACGUACAUCGCCGCCAACAUCCACGCCGCCACCGCCUCCGGCCGGCGUGACAGCCACCAAGACAGCCAGAGCAGUUCUGGUUCAGCUCUGACGGCCGGGUCGGAGGGCGGUGGCGAGGGCUCAACAGGUUACCACGAACACGACUAUGAGGAGGUGGUGGACGAGUACACGCUACUACGACGCGCUGUGGACGACCACGACCCCGAGGCCAUGCAACUCCUGGCCGUCGCUGAGGCCGCCAUCAACCCCGACAUCCCCGCCCGGCCUCACGACCCAGGUCAGUCUUGUCCCCUGGGUGACCCUCUGCGCGCUGCGCUCUGCUCUAUCUCCGCCAACCCACCCACAACGGCGCUCUGCUACCCCAGCCGCCCGUUUCCUUCAUGCUCCACUAACGCUGGCUCCUCUACCCUACUCUGCCUGUUGAUGCUCAUAGAGUAG